AUGAGCAGCUUGACGAGCUCGGUGCAGAUGCGCGCACGGCGCCAGCGUUGCGGACGUGGGCGCGUCGUGGUGGCUGCAACCCUCGGUUCAAUGCCGUUUUUGGCCUGCCUGGCCUUCGCCAAGACGCUUCCGGCCGAACGCAGCCGAGAGGCGGCCCAACGCAAGCAGUACGGUGACCUCCUCCGCCUGGUGAAGACACGUGGCUGGCCCCAGAAGAGCCCGGAACUCUCCACAGACCUUAUCGGAGUGGACGAGGCUUUGGAAGGUGCAGAGAGGCGUUCGCUGGUCUCCCCGGGCUUCCGUCGUCUUCGCUUUCGGGCCUCAUACGACGGCAGUCAGUACAAUGGCUGGGCCAGGGUUAAAAACGCGUCGCCUUUGACUGUGGCUGGAAUACUGGACCGUGCUAUGUCGCUGCUGCUGCGACAGAAAAUCUUUAGCUGUGGGGCCAGCAGGACGGAUGCCGGUGUCCACGCGCGGGGCCAGGCAGCACACUUUGACGUUCCAGAUGCGAUCGUUGCUGAAAGACCAAGCAACUGGCAGGAGCUCUGGGAGAAACGGGUGAAUGAGCAGUUGCCAUCAGACAUACGGAUCUGGAGCUUCCAGGAUGCCCCUCCUGACUUCCAUGCCACCUUCUCUGCCAGCGGCAAGACCUACGUCUACCGUCUGCACUAUGGUACAAAUGCUGCAGACCCGCUGCAGAGGUUCUACAGGUAUCAGAUACCUGCCGGCUGGGCACGUACAUUCGACGGCGAUCUUCUCCGCGCAGCUGCUUCAAAGUUCAUUGGCGAGAAGGACUUUCGGUACUUCACCCAAACAAGCAAGCUGGACCGGUACAGGAUUGCAGGCACAGUCCGAACCAUCCGCAGCUUAAAUGUGGUUGAGGAAGGUCCUGGAGCGUGUCGGAUCGAGGUCAACUUGGACGGUGCCAUUUUCAGGAUGGUUCGCAACAUCGUCGGUUGUAUCGUAAUGGCGGCAUGUGGCCGCCUGGCAGUGGACCGGAUCGAUGAACUGCUUCAGGCAUCGCCUGACAAAGCAAAGCAGGAUACGAUGGCCCCGGCACUUGCCUUUCCAUGUCUACCUCCUCAUGGCCUUUGCCUUGAGAAGGUGCACUAUGAUUCGCAGGAUUUCUGA